AAUAAACCAGGUUAUGGUACUUUCACUACCCUCAACUUUAUGCUUAACUAAACAAAGACGACAUACAUAGAGAGCUAAGAUGAUAUAUAUAUUAUAGAAAGUUCUUUGAAAGUGAAGUGAGGUAGUGAAGGGAGCAAGAGGGCGACCCCUUUUUUUUCUCUAUCCUCUCCUUUCAUUUUCUUUCCUCUCUCACUGCUUUUUUCUCUUGUCUGAUCGAAAACUGCUUGUAAGAUUCCAUGAGCAAGCUGAUUUCAAGCACAAACAUCAACAGGUAAAAAUUAAAGCACGGCGAUUUGAUGUUACGAGUGCAAGGUUUCGAGUUCGAGGCGCUAUCGUCGCCGCAGCCAGACUCGGCCGGGCAGCCGCCGCCAUACGACGCGGCCAGAGGGAUGCUGACGGCGGAGAUGAUGAACCUGCAGCCGUGGCGAAAAGCAAGCACCGAUUUUUUGGAUGAUCGGAUCCAAUCAAGUUACCACUUGCCUGCAGUAAAUGAAAUGAAUCCCGAGAUAAGAGGUUCAGACCCUCAUCGUCAAGGGUUUCAUUUUCCGGUUCCGGCGGCGGAGCUGGCCUGGAUCCCCAAGAGCGGCGGCGACUAUGAAAUGGGGAGAGCUGAGGCGCAAGCUGGACUUUCUUUGUCUCUACGAAGCUUGGAUGCAGUGAAAUUGGGUAAAAUAGGUCUUGGAAAUGGGGAAUUGUACUACCAAAAUGAUCAAGGGCUUGAAUCUUCAAACAAGUUGAAUUGGUCUGAGCCGCAGCCUUUUUACUCUUCAAUGGAGUCCGCCGGUAGAAUCAACAUCCUCGGGAAUUCACCAUACUUGAAGCCUGCACAAGAAUUGCUGGAAGAGUUCUGCUGUGUUGGAAGAGGCCAGAUCACAAACCCUAAUAAUUCAUCAAUCUUCGACUACGGCGGUGGCGGUGGCGGUGGCUCGUCGUCCUCCAAAACUCAUCAUCCUCCCAUUAUUUCGCAUGUCGAAAGGUCAGAAUACCAAAGGAGAAAGAUCAAGUUAUUGUCUAUGCUGGAAGAGGUUGAGAGAAGAUAUGCGAGCUACUGCGAGCAAAUGCAGGCGGUGGUGAAGUCGUUCGACGCGGUGGUGGGGCAAGGGGCGGCGCAGGCGUACACGGGGCUGGCGCGGAAGGCGAUGUCGAAGCAUUUCCGGUACAUAAAGGAUAGCAUAGUUGGGCAGCUGAAGCAGGCGUGUGAAGCCCUUGGUGAGAGAGAUCAGGCGAUGGGGCUGACGAAAGGGGAGACGCCGCGGCUGAAGAUGCUUGAGAAGAAAUUUAGGCAGCAGAAGGCCCUCUACCAUAUGGGAAUGGCGGAUUCCGAUUCGUGGAGGCCGCAGCGGGGCUUGCCUGACCGCUCUGUGCACAUACUCAGAGCCUGGCUUUUUGAGCAUUUCCUCCAUCCGUACCCGAGUGAAGCUGACAAACACGUGCUAUCUCGACAGACUGGUUUAUCAAAGAAUCAGGUUUCGAAUUGGUUCAUAAAUGCUAGGGUUCGGCUGUGGAAGCCCAUGGUGGAGGAAAUGUACCAGCAUGAGCUGCAAGAUGAGGUACAACACGCCGAAGCAGCACAACCCAAGCUCACUCGUGGCCCGAUGCAACCAUUAAUAUCUUUGUCAACAGAAAACGACCAUUCACCAAACAACAUCAAUUAUAGGCAGGUGGCUCAACCGGGCGGCGAAGCUGCUAACUUUGGCGCACAAGCGGGGGAUGUGUCUCUUACAUUGGCACUUAAGCAUUCCGAGAAUUUACCAAGAAUGAAACGCCUCUCUAUUAAAGACUUCGAGGCCUACUAAAAUUAUUAUAGUUAUUAGCUAGUUUCGUGUGCGACACUGAUUUGGAGUUACUUGUAUAUAAAGGAGUGAAUAUAAACUAAUUAUAUUUUGGUGGUUAAAUAUAGAAAUAUGUAAGACUUGAUUGUGAAGGGAAAGGAAUUAGACUAAACCAUGUACGUAUUUUUUAAAA